AAACAGUGCGUGAGUAUGAGGUCCAGUUCCACCAGCGCCUGGACCAGGAGCGAGCCCAGUGGAACCAGUACCGGGAUUCAGUGGAGAGGGAACUGGGUGAGCUGAGACGCCGUCUCUCCGAGGGCCAGGAGGAGGAGAACCUGGAGGACGAAAUGAAAAAAGCCCAGGAGGAUGCAGAGAAGCUGCGUUCGGUGGUGAUGCCGAUGGAGAAGGAGAUCGCGGCCCUCAAAGCCAAGCUGACUACAGCCGAGGACCGGGUGAAGGAACUGGAGGCCUCGAAGGUUAAGGAGCUCAAUCACGUUCUUGAGGCGGAGAAGUCGUGUCGUACAGACCUGGAGAUGUACGUGGCCGUGUUGAACACUCAGAAAUCUGUCCUGCAGGAAGACGCGGAGAAACUACGGAAAGAGCUCCACGAAGUCUGUCACAAGCUGGAGUUGGAGCGACAGCAGCACAACCAGCUGAAACACACGUGGCAGCGGGCCAACGACCAGUUCCUGGAGUCCCAGCGGCUCCUCAUGAGGGACAUGCAGAGGAUAGAGAGCGUGCUGUCGUCAGAACAGCUCCGCCAGGUGGAGGAGAUGAAGAAAAAAGAUCAGGAGGAGGAUGAAAUAGAGAGGCUGAGCCAAGUGAAGGAGCUGCACGAGGAGGAUGUGGGAGAAAACACUGAGCCUUUGGAGGAUUUAUUCCUCGGGCUGAGCGUCGAGGAGCCUCACGCCAACCACAGCGCCCACGGCUCUAUGCACUCCUUAGACACUGAUGUGGUCACGGGGGGCCCCAUGGACCCCUACAAGGAUAACCUUCGGAGAGUUCAGUCAACAGACAGCCUCGGCUCCUCGCUGUCCGUCCAGCAGGGACUCGGUGGCCACAACCACAAAGCCAAGUCGGCUAGCCACUUGGACGAGUCGGACUUUGGGCCCUUGGUGGGGGCCGACUGCGGAGUGAUAGACAGUAGUUUUGGCGAAACUUUGUCCAUCAGCUCCAUCAAGCUGACGGCGAGUCAUUUCCUGCUGACUAAAGACCAGGAGAAGGCCAUCAAGGCCAUGACGCCCGAGCAGGAGGAGACGGCGUCGCUGCUUUCCAGCAUCUCCCACGCCCCCGAGAACGCCUACCUACCGCCAGCAGGCUACAGACUCGUCAGCGACAGCGAGUGGAACCUGCUCCAGCAAGAGGUGAAAAAUGCUGGCAGGAAGCUCGGCCGACGUUGCGAUAUGUGUUCCAACUAUGAGAAGCAGCUGCAGGCCAUCCAAGGACAAGAGGCCGAGACACGAGAUCAGGUGAAGAAACUGCAGGUGAUGCUGCGUCAGGCCAACGAUCAGCUAGAGAGGACGAUGACCGAGAAACAGAGUUUGGAAGAUUCGGUCAAAGUAGGCAACGAGGAAACCGCUGCUAAGGUGUCUGCCCUCCUGCAAAGAGUCCAGGAGUCAGAAACACUGCUCAGCACACUACAACAGGCCUUCAGUGACGCUAAGAGGAACACGCAGGAGCAGAUGGCGGUGCUGGUGAAGUCGAGGGAGCAGGUGGCAGAUGAGCUCAGCCGACUACAGAGAGAUAACGACAGCCUGCAGGGAAAACACAGGCUACACAUAGAACUACAGCAACAAGAGGACUUCCAGAUGCCCAUUACUGUGCAAGAGCUACAAGGCCUGGUGUUGGGGUUGCGUGAGGACCUGGUGGCGUUACGGACGUCUGCCGAUCACAUGGAGGAGAAGCUAAAAGCUGAGAUUCUGUUUCUGAAGGAGCAGAUCCAGGCAGAGCAGUGUCUGAAGGAGAACCUGGAGGACACUCUGCAGCUAGAGAUCGAAGGCUGUAAGGAGGAGAUAGACAUCUUGGAAGCAUCUUUCUCCAGUCUGAAGACAGAGCUGGAGCGAAUAAAGGCAGAGAAGGAACAGUUGCAGAGCAGUCUGGCGGAGAAGACUGAAACACUGGAGAGCCUCCAGGGCCUGAGGAUCACGCUGGAGCAUCAGCUCAAAGAGCUCACCACUGCAAAGAGUGCACUAGAGAGUCAGGUCUUUGAUGAGAGAGACAAAGCCCAGAGACUGCAAACGGAGCUGGAUGUCAGCGAGCAGGUUCAGAAGGACUUUGUCAAACUUUCUCAGACCCUUCAGGUACAGUUGGAGCGAAUACGACAGGCAGACUCUUUGGAUCGAAUCAAAGUCAUCCUCAAUGACACCAACUUGACUGACAUCAACCAGCUUCCAGAGACAUGAUACCACUGAAUGAAAACUUCCUUCAGUUUCAUUCCCCCUCUUUUCUCUUAUCACUGGCCCAAUAACAUUAUUGAUCUGACCCUUCCUCCCCAUACCCCCCCUCCCC